GAUGCUGCCACCCGACUGGGGCACCUUCUAGAAGCUUUUCAAGAACCCCCUUGACAAGGCACUAUCAGACUGGUCAUCGAAGCGGGUCAGCCAAGACUUCCAGACUUUUUCACCCUAACCGGGGCACGUCGCGUCCAUGUGCGGCAUCGGUCCUGAUGCUCUUUCGGCGGCUGUGGCUUUGGUCUCUUUGCCUCGUGGCGGCCCAGUGGUCCAACAGCUCCAGGAGGACACCGCAGGCACGACCGCAGGCGACAACACCUCACGGAGGACGGCGGCGAGGCGGCGGAGAAGGAUCGUCAGAUGCCUCCAGACGGCUGCAGACGGAGUUGAGGAUCCAGGAGGAGUGGGAGUUCCCCACCGGCACCCGCCUCGGCUUUCUAAGUGCUUUGGUGAGCGACGCCUUCGGGAGCGGCAGCCUAUCCGCUGUUAGUAUCUCUGUACUUGCUGGCUACAAGUACAGCACUGUACAGAUUAGCAUGCCUGUCGACUACCAAUUUGGAAUUGAACAUCAGGAAGCGAUCAUCAAGUUGGUCUACUCCGACGCCACCCGCGGCUCCUGCGAGCGCGCCGAUUACAACGUGCCCAUGGCCUUGACACGCAACAGUUCCACCCAACUUACCAAGAGCGCUUCGCCCUUGGCCUCGGGUGCCGUGCUACGAAUGCCGCAGGGUGGCACCAACGCCUUGUUUCAACAAGUGCAAUGGCCACACCUGACCUUUAUGCAUGGCGGCUUCUACGUGCUUUGCUACUCUCCAGAUGGCAGCUUUUUUGGGGACGAGUGGAGAAAUAACCUCGUCCCAGUGGUCAUCACUGUGGUGGGGGUGGCCUCCAAUUGUUUAUCCAAUGGCUGCCUGGCCAAUGAGCGAUGGGACUGCUACGUGGCCUAUGCAGGCGAGGGCCUGGGCAGCUGCCGCAUCGACUUCCGCCUCUACGGCGGGGGCCGCGAUGGCUGGACGGUGCAGCUGGCCGGCACCUCGCGGGUGAGCUGGACCCAGGCCUGGGGUGAUGAUACCUUCGUGGAUGGCGUCUUCACGCCUGCUGUGCGGCAGGAGUGUUCCAACGUCAUCACUGGCGACUACAUCUCUCCGGAAACCGCCAACUACGAGGACUUCCUGUGGGCGCCGCCGACGGGCAGCGGCCUGGACGCCGACGCCUCGACGGCGGCCAAUCUGCCGAGCGUGCGGACGAACGUGACGAAGGGAUUUACCAUCACUGCCUGCUAUUGUCCCAACUACGAUGGCCCGGUGGACGCCACCCUCUUCGCUUGCGACCAUGCGAGCGAGUUCAUCCAACCCAUCGGGGUGAUCUACUACUGGAUGAUUCGGAUUUGUGACGUGGAGACCUACUCCUCUUGUGGCUCCGAAGGCAACUUGCCCUUCAUGCGGGUUUUGCCUCAGCAGCCCUUUGUCCUGCGAGUGGAAUGUCCUCCAGGUGGAACGUCUUGCGCUGCUGCCACCGACAAUCGGGUGAAGUUCCUGCCUGGCAUUCCUCCUCCAGGCCCCGAUGGAGUGGUGUACAUCGAGGUGCCGGAACGAGCCAUUUGGGAGCCACAGAGUCGAUGUAAGAUCGAGACCAGCAUGACCGAUGACAUCGCCUGGGAGCCGCCCCUGCAAUACGACGAGAACGGGAUUUUGAUCAACGGCCUCGCACACCUCAUCGGAGGAGAUCGGCGGGACUACAAGUUCUGGGCCGAUCCAGCCCUUUUGGGGCUGAUGCCCAUGGAAAGCAAGGUGGAAGUGUGCUACUGCGAGAGUCAGUGCGACAACAGUUUCAACUAUUUUAAGGUGGGCGAGAUCACCUCGACGGAGACCGCCGGCAUCGCGCGCUGGACGAAGCUGCCCAACCAGGGAGGGUUGAUCCAAGAGAUUGAAUCCUUGCAAUAUGUCACGAAGCCAGGAGCUUUGACACUCUAUGCCGGCAUCCGCUCCACCCUUUCAGAGGGCAUGCAUCCGUAUGACAGCAUCCCCUGGCGGAAGAAGACCACACUGAAGCUGGUGCCUUACGACAACCUGGCGAACUACCCCUGGGGUGCAGGGCCAGGCACUUCGAAGGUGACCCUGGAGCAGUUUCUGGGCCUCGAUCGUCUCAAUGACCCCGAGGCCCGGCUCACGCUCAACGUGGCUUGUGCCAACGGCACCUUCAACGCGGAGUAUUACAAUGGCCCCAGCUCUGCGGAACUGGCGCGGGAAUACCUGGCCUGGGUGGGGCCUGGAGCCAACCAGUAUUUGCCCUUCUCGGGAAUCGAAAAUGAUCAGAGCUUCAACACAUGGAAGGCAGGGAUUUUCUUGGUUUGCUACUGUGCCGUCUUGGAUGCAGAUGAUCUUUGCGCUAGCCCCAACUAUUACAUCAGUGCCGCCAGGCUAAUGUUCAAAGGACCUUUGACUGACAUCCAGUUGAACCUCCCGACCAGCUUCGUGGUGCGCAUCGACCUGGAAGGCUGGGGCUUCUCCGACACAGAUUCCAUCCGCCUCAUCAGUAUGACCCAGACGUGCCGAGAGAAUGCCAAUGAUCCCCGGGGUGUGGAUGUCUAUCGCCUGGGAUGCCCUGGGCUCAACAGCUCGUCGUGCCGUCGACCCACCGAGAAGGAGGACAUCUCCGUGCACGUGAUCAGCGCUGAAAUCACUGGGCUCCACAUCACUGAAAUAGAGAUCGGCGAGGUUCAGUCGAUCCUGACCUUCAGCGGCGACAUCACCGCGGAGCUCCUGGACGGCGACGCCAUCACGCUGGAUGAAUCCUCCAUUCUUCUCAGCGGCAGGAACUCGAGUCAGUGGACGAUUUCAGAGCAGCACCUGGUGGCCAAGCUGAGUGGUUUCUACAGCUACGCCGAUGAACCGGAAGUGAAGCGUAUGCUUUGGAAUCACGUCUCCUACGUGACCACGACCGAUGAGGAGUUGAUCACCACUCUACACCGCACUAAGCUCAGCAUCCCGGUGGGUUGGCCCGAGGGUCAACGACCAGAGUUCAGCUUCGUGGACAACAAGGGCCGUUGGCACCGGCGGAAUCGCUUGCAGACCAAGGAGGAGAUCAAAGUGGACGAGGCUGCCACCGUGAAGAUCUGCUGGGGCGCCUUCGACGGAGGCCGACAGCAAUACUACGGCGAAGCGGGUGUCUUAGAGUUCUCCGCACCGACCUUCAUGGCAGAUGCUGGGGUCUACUUGACCACCCGGGUGCAAGGAGGCCUGGGCAUGGCAGUCUUGAGCUUCAGUCCAUCAAGGGGCACCACCUUCUACAAGGCUUACCAGGUUCCGGUCGUCGUGCGUCUCCUCUUCAAGGAAGUGGAUUUCAUGUUGGAGCCGCUCUUAUCGGGAGAGGAGCUGUCAGAGUUAGAAGCCUUACCGGUAGAGGAUCAAGUCCUCAUGGAGAAUGCCACGCAGACGAUUUGCGGGAAGCUCUUCAUGGAAAUGUGGACCAACGACGAUUCGGGCUUCCCCUUUCCGCGUGGAUGCUACUAUGGGCCGCUGUACGACGAUGUGGAGUCGCAGACGGAACCCGCACGGCCCUCCUAUCGCGAGUACUUCAUCAUCUUCGAACCGCAGGAUGGUCUCAAGGACACCUGCCGCAUGACUGACGGCGGCGGCAACACGCGGGAUGCGCCCUGCGUGUAUCAGUUGGCCUUGAAUGUGCGUGUGGGCGAAAUCAACAUGGUAAAUCCACGAGAAGUGGUGGGCAUCUACACGCAAUGUGCUGGGAAGUCUGGAUAUGCCACGGCGUGUGGUCCGCGCUACAGCGUCUUGGAGUAUGGCCCAGCCUUUGCGGCGGACUCCACGAUGAUGCCGGAGGUCAACAUCACCGAACUGGAGCGGAUUGAGCUUUUGCCCUUGGACCUGGCACGCUCCUUAAGCCACGAGGGCCUGCAAAGCGACAAGGCGAUGGAGCUCUUGGGCACCAGUGUGCAAAACGGCGAGGACUUUCUGCAGUUUGGACUACGAGCCUGGCCGAAAGACGCUCAGUGGCCCAUCGAGCGCUCCGGUCAGCUGAGCAUUUUCUUCCAUCCCUUCACCCUUUGGAGUCUCACGGAGAACAACUACUGCUUGGCCAUUUGUAAGGCUCCCAGCGGCCUGUCCUGCAAUGAUGGAAGAGGAGGCGAGUUCGCGGACUGCGCGGUGAACCCCUUGGUGCGCACGCCCUUCGACAACGUCUUUCCCAUGCAGAGGAACGUCUUGAUGCUCAGCUACCCGUCGCAGAUGGACGAGAUCCCGCCGGAGCGCUUCGGCGAGGCUCAUUUGCUGGAGAUCUCUGAGCUGAAGCUGCCACAGGAGGGGUUCUUCACCCUACGGUUCAUGGCGCAGUAUCUAGACAGCCGCGGCACCAACCCGGUGAACGCCCUGGUCUCGCCGCCCAUGCAGCGGGUUCCGCAGCCGGGCACGACCACCGGGCGAAUCGUGAUGGAUGGACAGACCGGAAAUGGCCCCAGGCCCUUCAUCUUCGAGCGGGAGAACCUCCUCAUCGUCCGCCUCCGCAUCGGUGUCACCCUGCGGAGUGCGCAAAGCGACCGCCAGGAGGAGAACGAGACGGAGUCCCUGGAGGAGGUUCCGAAGGUGGUGCCGCACCCGGUGGUGCAGAUUUUCUUGCCCCCAGACUACUUCUGCAGCGUGGUGGGCAACGGCACCGCCGACCCAGACAACAGCUCCGACAUCUUCGUUCGGGACUUGAACAACGACGGCUACGUGGACAACCCCAUGGGGACGGUACUCUCAGGCACAUGGUCACACGAUGGGCCCAUUUGCACCUUCACAUUGGAGACUUCUGCCAGCGUCUUCGCCCAGCAAAUCUUCUACGUGCGCCUGUCAGUGAACAACCCUCGCCAGGCCUUGCUGCGCACCGAUCCAACGAACUUGUGGCGCAUCCGCGUGGCCGGCAUGAACAGCACCACCCUGGGAGACCUGGUGAAUUUCAUCUCCUUGGACCAGGAGCCCAACUUGCCCGGCUGGGCCGGCAAUCUGGCGGUGCUGACGCCGCUGGAGGGCGAAUCGCUGCAACCCUCCAACCUCUCGGCGGGCGCAACGAACUAUCUGAGCGUCUUCUUUCAGGUCAUCCACGCCAUGCCGGAGUAUUCCUACAUCCUUCUUGAUUCGCCAGAUGGUUUCGACUUCACUGACAACUGCAGUGUAAGUCCACUGGACGACCUUUACUAUCAGGAUUGGGAAGGUUUGCCGUGGGGCGAGACGGUGAGCGGCACUCGAGCCCUCACCAGCUCCUUAGGCUCUGAUGUGAACUGCACCACGGACAACUGGAAGCGCAGCGUGUUGUCGCCGCCGGCCACCCGGGACUUCACCCGGGCCAUCGUCAGAGUGGGGAGGGCGAUGCUCUCCAACAAGUACUAUGGCUUCCAGAUUCGCAUUCAAAAUGCAUUGGAAUGGCAGGCCGCACACCAUGAUGACUGGCGUUUGUGGGUUCAAAGCCCUGAAGGAUACACUGUGGAUGGAUCCAAGUACACCAUCCAAUUCAACGCCAGGCGGAUCGACACCUUGCCGCAGAACUACUGGGAUCGCAGUUGGGGCAUCUACCAGGACCCGAUCAUGUUGCCCCUCACCAUGGAUUUUGGACAGGACCUGCUUUUGCCCAGCUCAGUCUUUGACAUGAGCACGGUUGUGACCUUCUUCCCUCUCACACCUAGCGCUGAUGGAGCAUUGAUCAACAUGAGGGUGGUGGCCCCGAACGGCUACGUGUGGGUGCCGCACGAAGCUGGUGGAUGGCUGGGUGAGGUGCCUGGCUUGACCUGUGAGUUUUGCCAGCUCAUCGUGACCCCCGAGGUCCGCUUGGACAAUGAGCUGAUCUUGCCGGUCGUCGUGAUGCGAUUGGGCGAAGAGUAUGGCUUCCAGGUGCGCGUGCGGGUGCCGGAGCGGCCGCCCACACGGUCGUCGAACGCCUUCUUUCUGGAGAUGGGCUUCGACCCGGGCAUUUGGAACCUGGAUCGGAUGCAGGCGGUGAACCUGCCGGCGCCCGGGCUGCGCGUCGUCUCCCAAGCCAAGAUCGACUCACUGUGCAACCUUGCUGGCUUCGCGGAGAACAUCAUGGAGUUUCACGUGCACAUCGCCUCGCCCUUGGAGCCCAACGCCGGCUUCUUCUUUGCUGGGUCGGAGAACACCCGCGACACCCUGCUGCGCUGCUGGCCGGAGACGCUGACACCAGCGCAGCUGAAUGGGGACAACGGCUUCUGCGAGGUGGGGGAGAACGUCGUGACUGGCCUGCCAGAGCUGAAGAUGUAUGUCGUGCGCGGAUCCUUUCCAUCAGGUUUGCAUAUCUUCCGCUUCCGCGACGUGCGGAACCCCCUGCAGCCCACGGCGGAGAUGGGAAGUUUCAGCUUCGGAACCUACACGGAUCUGCAUAUGUAUCCCAAGCAGAAAGUCUUGGAUCUUAGCAAAGAGAUCCCGGUGCCGCGCGUGCUUCUGCUGCUGCCCUUAACGGGUCUCAUCCAGGCUCCGGACUACGAGCGACCCACCUACGGGAGAGAUGAUGCUCCCAUGAGGAUGAAUCUCAUCACCUUCUACUUCCAGGUCGCAGAUCAUCCGGAAGUCCCCGACAGCGUGCCCUAUCUCUACAUUUCGCUUCGGGGUCCUGCGGGCUUCUACUUUGAGGAGGACUGCAUGGAGAACCUGCAGGCGUUGAACGACAGCCUGGACGCUUCGCAGUUCCCUUGCAGCGCCAGCAACUACCCGCUGCAGGCGUCCUGGUGUCCGGGCGUGAUCACCACGUGGCCGCAGAACUUGGAGCCCGAGGCGUGUUUGGGCAUUGGCCAUACAGCGCGGCUGUCGGUGCCCAAUCCCUUGGCGCGGAAGUGGCCGGGUGUGGUGCCCAACUUCUUGGACAACAGCAUGUACGCUUUCAAGAUCCAGGUCCAGAACCCGGAGCUGCAGAUCGAGUACGGAAGCCAAUGGGCCAUGGACUUCGUGGACUUCGCCGGGAGACCCUUUGACGCCUUUCUGGUCGCGACAUUUCAGCAAGAGGAGACGAAGCUCUUUCUGUCCUCGCCACUCAUCACUCGACCCUGGCUGCAGACCACGGAGCAGCAGUACAUGACCUUCCGUUUGGACUUCAGGCCCUACACCACCGUCCCCGCGCCCCGCAUGCCGCGCCCGGGCGACGCGGUCCCCGCGGCGCGGCGGAUGCAGAUCUCGGGCUUGACGCCCUUGGCGCCCGACGCGGAGGAGGGCAGCUUGGUCGUCACGGUGCCGCCGGGCUUCGGCUUCCGUGCGGGCGACUUCGACGUGUGUUUCCAGAGCAGUUUGGAGCGCAAGGAGCGCCUGCUUUGGGACGAUGAAUUCUUCCCUUCUACCGAAGCCACUUGCACCGUGACCGGCACUGGGCUGCGUGUGCUCACGUACACACUCAUCAACCAAAAGCCGCUGCUGUCGAUGGUCACCUACUCCAUCUCUUCGACCGUGAAGAACCCCGAUGUCGCCAGCUGGCCGGUGGCGCAGGAUUGGUUGUUGGAAACCUUUAAGAAGUUCAUCGCCACUGAGCAGACCAUUCGCUUGGACAGCUAUGCCGUGCCCGGCACGCCGAUGAUCACGCCCACACGGAGCUUCGCCGUCGCCAACCUCGCCAGCGAGUUCACCGCAGGUCUGGAGGUGCCCGAGAUGAACGUGUCCUUCCGCCUGGCCGAGCCCUUACGCAACGGCGACUCCAUCCGCUUGAAGGCACCACCAGGCUUCAGUCUGGGCCAUGGCGAGUGUAUGAACUUCCGUUGGUCGGGCACCUAUCGUCCGCUGGUCUACUCGCCGCCGCCCUUGUGCAACUGCAGCAACGCCUCGACGCUGUGCACCAUGGUCCUCCAGGUCACGGAGAGCGCCAACUUCCGCGCCGAGGUGGUGCCGGCGGACGUGGCCUUGAGCUUUCUGAUCACCGUGACGAACCCGACACACCAACCCGCGCUCGUGGAGAACAAUUGGCGCAUGGAAUUCUGGAUGAAUCAACGCCUCUUCAGCGGGAGCACAGUAGUGAGUUGGCCCAUCUAUGGUCUCUUCCAGAACUUGAGCGUGGCGCUCGUGGGCACGGAGCAGCGCGCAGGUGCGAUGAGUGACUUGCUUUUCGAGUUCAUCCCCAGCGUCUUCGGCACGGCCCUGGAGAUUCACUUGCACGAGCCCUUGGGCUUCGACUUCCAGGUGGCGCGGGUGAAUGCGCCCUGGGUGCGCAGUGACUUGACCUCGAGCAACCGGCUGCUGCUCAUCGGUGGUCGCCUUAUCCCGAAUGAGAAGACACAAGUGACCCUCUCCUUGGUGCGUUUGGGCCAGGGCGGUGGCCCCACGCGGAUCUCGCUGCGCGCCUAUGCGGACGCGGCACGGACACAAGAGACGGCAAGGAGACUCAACUUUCUCCAGGGCUUCCGACUGCCGGGGGCUGCCAUGGCAUCGAAUCUGCGGCUUUGGAGUGAACGUGUGGUCGACCAUUGGAGCGGCCAAGCGCAGGACUCGGUAAGCCCUUUGUUGCCUUGCCACACCAAUCAGCUGGCGAGGUUUGAAAUCUUCGUCAAGGUCACCAGGUUCAUUCUCGAGGGCGAUGCGCUCAUUUUGACGAACAGCGUUCCGUUCGGACAAGCAUAUUGGGAGCCCUCCACCGAAGCUGGCUACGAGCCCAACAUGGAGAUGUGCUUGGGAAGUCAUGGAGGCGUGUCCUCCAAUGGCACCUGGCUUUGCGAUGGCCCGGUGCUACCGGUGAAUGUCACGCAGCAGUCUGUGCUGAGAAACAGCGUGGGCAUCGGCAUAGGAGUGGAAUUGGUCUUGGGCGCUGUCAGGCCGCAGGACGUUCUGAGCCAGGCAAGUUUGGAUGAAGUCUCUGGAGCUUUGCAGUUGGAAGGAGACAUCGGCAGUCGCGCCCUGGCCAUGGAGGCCAACCGGGACUACCGGCUUCGUAUUUGGUUGCGCGCUUCGGCGGCCCCCACGCUUUGGACCAUCCGCACGGAUGACGUGAGGGGCUUCCUGUCGAACACCAACGAUGGCCUCUUACCUGGGGUGCUGGCCGUGCCCGAGAUGAGCAUCACCGUGACAGUGAUGCUCUCACGCACGCCGCCGGAAUCCUCCGUUUGGGUCCGCAUUCACAUCCUCACCGGCCCAGAACAGUCUCAGUUCAGUCGCCUUCAGCUCCUCUUGCCCUACGGCUUCUCACCCGUGGGUGCGGACGCCGACCCCACCGCGCGGCUCAUUGUGGAGCUCUCGUUGGAACAGGGCGAAGGCAUUUUGGACUCGGUCAUCGGCAUGACCUUCAACUUGCGGAUCCAGACGCCGCCGCAGAGCAUCCCGGACGCGCGGUGGUUCGUCUUGGCCAAGCAGGUCAUCGUCGACGAGAUCACCGGCGAGAUCACCGAGCCCGUGAAUGGCUGGGCCUUCGCCAAUGGCUUCGGCGUGGAGCCUUGCCCGGUGACGCUCAUGUACGGAUCCAUCGCGAGUGCCACUGGUUGGCUGGCGCUGUCCUUCUACGUGCCGCGAUCGGUUCAAGGACGCUUCGUGCUGAUCACAGCGCCCUUGGCCUUUGAAGUUCGUUGCCCUCAGGCGGAGCAGACGGGUCUGGUCUUGGAAUGUCAGGACUUCCGCCCCCGCACGGAGACACCCACGCUGCUGCAGUCCCUGCAACGCACGGUGAAUGUCACCCUGGUGGGAGGAACAGAAGAGGGCGACAACAUGCUCUACAUGUACUUGCUGAAUGUCCUCACACCUGCGGAGGAACCCAUCUACGAUCCCUGGCAACUUCGAAUCUUAGACGCUGGCUUCUACGUCGUGGACGCUGCUCUCAACGUGCCCCAGCCAGGCUUCGUGCCGGACUUGGAGAUGGGAAACCCUUCGCUGAGCUGGUUGGAUCCCCCACAGAUGGGCGAGGUCUCCAACGUCCAAGUCGAGGUCUCCUUCUUGCGGCGAGUGAAAGGAGUGAAGGCAAUCCUGGUCUCGCUGCCAGAGAACUACCGUCAUGACAUUCAGCACAAAAAUCAGCUUCGUAAUGUGAACAAGCUCUUCCCAUUGACGAUCGAUGAGGAAUGGCGGGUCUUCGACAACUUGAGGUACAUCAAGGUCCUGGUGGAGGUCGUGGAAGUGAGCAAUCAAGCGCAGAUCAUCACCUCCGGAACCUACCAGUGGCAAUUCCCUGUGAUGGUUCCGUUGAUCGAGCCCUUUGCCUCGGAGUGGUACGUGAGCCUCUGUGCCGAGCCCACCUGCAGCGCUGUGGGUGAUCCAGGCAUUUUGGCCUCGUUCCCGGUGCUGAACAACGAGCCGCAGCUUCCAGCGAAGACUUUUCAGGUGGUGGCCCAAACCGGCCAAGCACGGACACACCGGGCGCCAGUGUGGGCGCUGAUGGCUGUAGUGGGGCUUUUCCUAAUGGCGCACUGGUGAGCUAUUUCGAGGCGAAG